GUCGUUGUAGUAUAGUGGUAAGUAUUCCCGCCUGUCACGCGGGUGACCCGGGUUCGAUCCCCGGCAACGGCGUUUUUGUCUCCUGUUAAGUUUUUCGUCGUAUAAGUUUUUCUCCGUAUUUUUUUGGAAGGAAGAUUACUCCGAAAUUAAAUUCCAACUGAAACUGAUAAAACUCACCCAUCCUCUCCCUCACACACUGAUCCUCAACAAGUUGAUUGCACCAGCCGCGAGCUCUUUCCACUGCAUCUGCAAAGUCGCCGAUCCCUCUCGCGCGCUCGGCUGCCGUCGCCGUCGACCUCCACACAGUCCUCCGGCGUCGAGUCCUCUCUUCAGCAUACUCAAGUGAGAGAGUUGAGCACAGAGGCAAGCUAGGGAAUCCAGGUUACCCAAUUCCAGUCACAAGUUUCUGGUGCUAAUGAUGAUGCUGUUCUCUGUAAAUCGAGCCAGGAAAGCAAGGUCUUUGAGCCCUCAAAUUUAUUAUUUUUCCAAUUCUAAAAUGUCAACUGCUGCUGAAUCUUCGUGGAAGCAUCAAACUUCGCUCAGGCUUCCCAAUAUUAUUGGUGGUAGAUUUGUAGAUUCGGAGUCAUCCAAUUCAAUUGAUGUAAAAAAUCCAGCUACACAAGAGGUGGUUUCUCAGAUACCACUGACUACAAAUGAGGAGUUCAAAUCUGCAGUUUCUGCUGCAAAAGGUGCCUUCCCAUCAUGGAAGAACACACCAAUCACAACAAGGCAGCGUGUCAUGUUAAAAUACCAAGCCCUUAUACGAAAAAAUAUGGAUAAGUUGGCCCUGAAUGUUACUACAGAACAGGGAAAGACAUUGAAGGAUGCACAAGGCGAUGUAUUCCGUGGCCUAGAGGUUGUGGAACAUGCAUGUGGGAUGGCAACCUUGCAGAUGGGGGAGUAUGUGUCUAAUGUCUCAAAUGGGAUUGAUACCUAUAGCAUAAGAGAGCCUUUGGGUGUUUGUGCAGGCAUUUGUCCAUUCAACUUCCCAGCAAUGAUUCCGUUAUGGAUGUUCCCGAUUGCAGUUACAUGUGGGAACACCUUCAUUUUAAAACCAUCAGAGAAAGAUCCAGGGGCUUCCAUGAUGUUGGCCGAGUUAGCAAUGGAGGCUGGGUUGCCCGAUGGAGUUCUAAAUAUUGUUCAUGGAACUCAUGACAUUGUUAAUGCUAUAUGUGAUGAUGAAGAUAUCAAAGCCAUAUCAUUUGUUGGUUCAAAUACAGCUGGGAUGCAUAUUUAUGCUAGGGCAUCAAGUACUGGAAAACGUGUUCAGGCCAACAUGGGAGCCAAGAACCACGGCAUUGUCAUGCCUGGUGCAAACAUUGAUUCCACAUUAAAUGCUUUAGUCGCAGCUGGUUUCGGUGCAGCAGGACAAAGAUGCAUGGCACUAAGUACAGUUGUUUUUGUUGGCGAAUCAAAACAAUGGAUAGAGAGAUUGAUAGAACGUGCACAGUCUCUUAAAGUAAGUGCUGGAACAGAACCUGAUGCCGACCUAGGACCAGUAAUCAGUAAGGAGGCAAAGGAUCGAAUAUGCAAAUUGGUUCAAAGUGGUGUUGAUAGUGGGGCUAAAUUGCUGCUCGAUGGAAGAAAUAUUGUGGUAUCUGGAUAUGAAAAUGGUAAUUUUAUUGGUCCAACGAUCUUGUCUGAUGUUACUGCUGAUAUGGAGUGUUAUAAGGAGGAAAUCUUUGGCCCAGUUCUUCUCUGUAUGCAGGCUGAUAGUUUAGAAGAGGCCAUACAAAUUGUCAAUAGAAAUAAGUAUGGAAAUGGUGCGGCUAUUUUCACUACGUCUGGUGUAGCUGCUAGGAAAUUUCAAACUGAGAUUGAGGCAGGGCAGGUUGGCAUCAAUGUUCCCAUUCCAGUUCCUUUGCCCUUCUUCUCAUUUACUGGCUCCAAGGCUUCUUUUGCUGGAGACCUCAAUUUUUACGGCAAGGCUGGGGUGAAUUUUUACACACAGAUCAAGACAAUAACCCAACAGUGGAAGGAGGAUUUACCCGGUGGCUCUGCCGUCUCUCUCGCUAUGCCAACUUCUCAGAAAUCAUAAUGUCUUUGUUGCAAAAAAUAAAGCUAGAAACCCGCUAAAUUUGACACUAUACACUAUUUUCUGCACAGAUAGUAAUUAUCGGUGAGAAAUUUAUUGCGUGUAAGACAGUAACGGUGUCAACUUUGGUGGUUUCUUGGCAUGACUCAUUUUCUUUGAAUAUGUUUGCAAGUGAAAUUGUUUCAACUAUACUUACAUCACGAAAUAAAAUUCGUCUUGUUAA